UGUGCGAGUCACAUAUUUUCUGAGUUCUGAGCGAGCAGGUAUUGCUAUUGUGUCUUCGUCUUUAAACGAAAAAAAAAAGAAGAAAAAAAAGAUUUCCGCAUCGUUGCUGAUUUCAAGGCUUCUGUCGUCGGGUCGCCCCCGUUUUCGUACCCAAUUACUAAGCAAGUUUCGGGCAAUCGGCGGACAUCAAAAAUCGGAUUGUCAUUCGCCGUGUGCAUAGCAAAACAUAGCUUCUUGUCUCGUGUCGUCUGCUUUCUCACGAUGUGUUGAACAUUAACACUUGCUUUCGGAGUACUCUAAGAGUUGGGAUUGAUUUGUGAAUUUUUUUUUCUUUUCUGGAUUGAAUUUCUUCUCAGUAAGAACAGUUGUUGCACGAAUUUGUUCGUUUAUUUAUUAUUUUUCCUGUUGUUUGUUUGAGUAUUUUUUUAUUAUUAUUUUUUUUGGUUACAAAAAAUGCUGUAUUGUUUGUACGUCUAGCUGUUUCUAUGUAUGGGACUUAUAUUGAAAAGGAAAUAUUCCAUUUUGACCAACAAGCAACCCUGGCAUCGAUGCUACAAUACCCGACACAUGAUCCGCAAGCUUUUGGCGGAACACCUCUGGCGAUGUUAGCGGCCCAGUGUAGCAAAAUCACCAACAAAAGUCCACCACCUCUAGCAGAAGCGACCGUCGGGAAAGGUUUCCUCCCUUGGAAGAAAUCGCCUCCAGGGGGCUCGUCCAGCCCGAUCCACCUGACGUCACAGAGGAUGUCUUCUCUGAACCCUUCGUUGUCAAUGACGACGAGCGGACUGACCUACCAGCGCAGUUCGGCCAACUCCACGUGCGCGACGACCUACGCCAAUGACAUUUUCUACCCGACCACGUCUGCCAGUUCGCACGUGCAGUCGGACUUCUCCCAGCAGGCGGCGCUGCUGCAGAAGAUGCACAACGACGGCGGGUUCGGAAACGCGAGUUUCGGCGGGAUGUAUUCGCGGGUUCCCUCGAUGGCUAGUCACCCUUACGAAUCGUGGCCCUUCCCGGGAAUGGCGUCCUCCCACGCCGUGAACGCACACGGACUGAAAUCGGAAGUGACCGGAAAUGGCGCACCGGCGUGGUGGGACGUACACGGGACGCCUUCCGUGCACUCCACACCCGGAAGCUGGCUUUCGGACAUACCCAGCGCCGCCGCCUCGGGGAUACAUUCUCAGAUUACCGGACCUUACCAGGCAUCCGACUACGGAAUAGGUUCUUCGCUGACGUCGGCGUCCGGGUCUCUGCUGUCGUCUGGGCAGCAUCUACUGCAGGACACUUACAAAUCCAUGCUGCCCAGCCAGACCGACCUGGGCUCGUCUGGUGUGACGCCUUUCCUCACGAGACCCAGUCUAUCGAACAUCCCGAGCCCCAGGUCCCAGCGACGGUACACGGGGAGGGCGACGUGCGACUGCCCCAACUGCCAGGAAGCCGACAGACUGGGUCCCGCCGGGGAGCACCUGAGGAAGCGCAACAUCCAUAGCUGUCACAUCCCAGGAUGCGGGAAGGUCUACAACAAGACGUCCCAUCUGAAGGCCCAUCUCCGCUGGCACACGGGCGAGAGACCGUUUGUGUGUAACUGGCUGUUCUGCGGAAAGAGAUUCACGCGCUCCGACGAACUACAGCGCCAUCUGCGAACGCACACGGGAGAAAAGAGGUUCGCGUGUCCCGUCUGCAACAAACGCUUCAUGCGCAGCGAUCACCUCAGCAAACACGUGAAGACGCACACCAGCGGGAAGAAGGAAGACGGGAGUGAGAGCGACACCGAGAACAGCGAGGAAUCCGCUAACGUUAAUUCCACUCGAGCCCAAUCGAACACGUCCCCCUCUUCAAUCAAAGAAGAGCGCAUUGUGAGAUAAUGAGGGUGAUAAAUGUGAUUUUAACUGAGAAAUGUUUUCAUAUUUAAGAAAGAGAAAGAAAGAACACGAUAAUGUGAUUGUAACUGGGUAAUUUUUCGAUAUUUUUGUUUAUAAAAAAAAAAAAUGAGGUGUGAAGGGAGUGAUGUUAAUAACCAGCCUGAAAGCCAUCAAUUAAAUACACUCUCUCUGCAGUCACAGACGACCACAUUACAAGAUAGUGUGGUAAAUGUGAUGUUAGUUAGGUGGAAUAAAAACAAAAAUAAACGUGCGGUGGGAGUGAAAUUGAUUCUCCGAACAGCCACUAAUUAACUAAUAUGAAUUCCACCGAAACACAGUCAAACAUCCCUCUAGAUUCAAUCACAGAAGAAAGAUGACCAUCACUUGGGUAUGUUAUUUUCGUCGGAAGGGAAGUAAUGCCUAGAAUAAGACUGGGUCAGAAUUGAGAAAAAAAAGAAGAAAAGAAACAAAACACAAUUCAACAUCAACAAUUGUAAUUAUGUUAUUAAUUAAGCUCGUGGGAAUGUAAACCUCAAUAUAUUUAUAUUUAUUGUGUGAUCUUCAUUGCCAUAAUUUAUGUUGGACGUGACGUCGUAAUUUAUGUUGGACGUGACGUCAUAAUUUAUGUUCGACGUGACGUAACUGAAAUAAUUAGCAUAUGAUAUACACUGAUGCUAAUGUGUUCAAAUAUUUAAAUAUUUAAAAUUAUAUGAUUGGCCUUAAUGUUCUGAAAACAUCAAAACAGGUAAUGAAUUUUUAAUAUUCACAUGUAAAUAAAUGAGAUAUGUUACACAAGGUUUGUGAAAAUUUAAUUAUCUUUUUUUUUUAUUUUUUUUAUUUUCUUGGGGUGGGUGAGGGGGCAGGGUAACUGAUUAUCAUAAUUUGUGUCUGAAUAUGUCAUGAACUAAGCGUACAGUUAUUGUGAAAACUAUUCCACAGGGUUGUUUAAUGUGCACACUUGCUUUUUAUGCCCUUUGGAUUUAUAUUCUAUAAAAAUACGUUUUGCUAUAAACUAGUGGUUUUAUGGCUUAGCUUUGGUCGUUUAUUAUGUGAUAUAUUCUUCCAUGAAUAUUUUUACACUCCUCUUUAUUUUUAUUUUUUAAAAAUCAGCAAAAACAUGCACAUUUAGAUUAUGAACGCAAGUUCGCACCUAUUAAAGGGAGAAUGACACGAAAAUGCAUACUGUCUCUCUUGAACAGCUGAGGCGAACAUUUUAAAUACGUAGCCAUAAUUUUAGUAUACACCAACAAACUGAAAAAAAUACCACAUUACCCUGCAAUUCAUAUCAAGUUAAAUGUGUAUAUUUUCAGGUAAUAUUUUGUUGUAAAAUUUAGUGUACAACCCGUGGUGUGACUUGUUUUUAAAUCUAUAUGAAAGGUUCUCACUGAAUGUAAAGGUGAUUGAACACCGGAUGUGUUACGUACGUGAGUUCCAGUCCGGGUUGUUUUUGGUGGUUUUUGUUUGUUUGUUUGUUUUUGGUGUUUUAUGGGGUGGGUAGGUAUUUCAUUUGUUUGUUUAUUUAUUGAGCCAAUCAUCAAAUCGGUAUGUUUAUAUCCUGACCGCAAGACGUCAACCAAAGCUCCGGAUCGGAAGUCAGCUAGUGUAUACCCGCCUUUAUUACCACCCGAAUUAAUUUACCUAAAGUUUGGUUUUCAUAAAAUCUGUGAUGCAACGCAGACUGACUCAGAUCGACGCAGACGAAAAAAAACCCCCACCAAAAUAUGGGAAGACAAUCGAAUACGGUCUCGUCGAAUGGGCGACGGAUCGGAUGAAAUUAAAACGUGUUCAACGUCGAAAUUCAGGGAUCACCCUGUCUAUUGCCAACGAAGCCAAUUGCUAAUUGUCAUACAAAGUGAAUAGAACAUUUAAUCUUUGGCUAUUAAAAUAUUCCUUAAAUUAACCACAUUUUAAUAAUUUUCAAGGAACCAAGUUUCGUUCCAGUGUGCGCCCUGCAAAAAAUGUCACCCUGCUCCUAGCCAAAUUAGCCAAUUGCUAAUGUUUAUACACAGUGGCUACAACAUUCAGUACAUUUGUAGUAGUCUAAUAAAAAUGCUGUUUAAAUUAGCCUUUUUUGUCAUUUUAAAGGAAAUGACCCACUUAUCUGAAAAUUGGGCAUAUUAUUUUUUAUCUCCAGUGUGAGCCCUGUGUCUGUCUGUCUGUCUGUCUGUCUGCUUUGUAAAUCAAUAGCAUAACAUCUGCGUUAUACUGCGUCUAUUUGUGUCUGUGGACGAUUUUACGGAAACCAGGCUUUAUUCUGUAACUUAUUUUAUCCUUGACGGGUUUCGUCUCAGGUGUGUUAGUUUAGCCGAUCAUCGAUCAUUCACAAUACAGUGGAGUGUUAAAAUGUUAUUUCAUCUGAUUUACUCCUGACGUGGUUUCUACUCUAGUGUUUAGGGUAGGGUACUUUGUUUGGGAGUCUGUUCGUUUAAGGUUCAAGCACGUCCGCCCUGAUCACGAGUUACUGGUGUUUUAUACACGACUUUUAUCAUAUAUGUAAACCACUUGUCAAUAGCGAUAAUUGGCUGACAAUUUUCUAUUUAUUAAGAAUGUUUAUUUUGUGUUUAAAAUAUCAGUGGAAAUUUGACAUAACCUUGUUUAUUUUAUUAUAUAUCUUAUGUUCUUUUUUAUUAUUUAAAACUGGAUGGGACAGCGAUGUAAAUUACGCUGGUAUUAGUAUCUGUAACUAUAUUCUCUAUAUAAAAAAACCCGAAUAUAUCAUUUGUAACUCUCUUAUGAAUUCGGAGAAUAUCGGGUAUGUUCGGGUAUGGUCGUACGAUCACUCAAACAAGCUGGUGUUUCUGGGGUAUUCAGGUAACAUUUUAUUUUUGUUUUAUUUUGUUUAUAUUGUUUUAUUUGUUGUGUUUUCUUUCUUUUAAAAAAGAAGAGAAAACGCAUAACUUUAAAUGUGAAUACUUGUAGAAGCAAGUCAGUGUUGUUGUUUUUUUUUGGUUUUUUUUUAUUAUUAGUUUUUUUUUUUAAAGAACAGCACAUUCUACACAAAUGUUUUAUUUCGCAUAAUUUCUGAGACAGAUGUGACUGUAUGUUUGAGGCGAGUGUACCAUUACUUGCGUUAUCAUCGUAGUAAUUUAUUUUGAAAUCCUUAUAGUGUAUAAACAUGCUAUGCAGGCCGCUCUUUUAUUUUAUGGCGGUAUCGUUCAUCGAAUUAUUUCGGCUCUUUCCGUCAUAGAUCGGUGUUCUUCGGUAUUUCUUCCGAAAGUGUUCGGUAAAAUAAGAAAGCUAGCAUAAAAAUAAAUAUAAGAAUGUGUUUUUCUAAUGCGUUUCUAACUUUUAACAGAGUACAUAAUAAAUACUGAAUUUUCAAGUUUUAUAAUAAACGUAUUUUAGUCUGUUAUUAAAUAAACUGAGUAAAAGAAAUAAAAUGUGUAUUUGUUUUUGGAAAUUAGGAUGAAUACUGGUAAAUAUCUGACCAGUGCCCAGCAACUGGUGUUGUCGAGAAUAUAUAUUUAAUUAGUCCAUUUAGUAGAACGUACCCAUAUUGCUAUGUAGCACUACAAACCUAUACCGAGACAUCAACAUGUUUAAGAGCUUUUAAAAUAGUUUUCGUGAUAUGAAGUAUCAAGUUUUGAAGCUAUUAACCAAUAAUUAUUUUCAUUAAAUCUUAUUAUUCAAUGCUACUAGCUUUCAUUGCCGUCUUUAUUCAAGAAGUUUUUGUUUUUUAUUUCGUUUUCUUAGACUUAGACGGAAAGAGCCGAUGUUUACCGACUAAUCUAUGUUUGUUUUUUAUGGUUCGUAUGUUUAAUAUGGAGUUAUGUUGUUCAUGUGUGCAUAUGUGCUUCAGUAUUGGUUAUAUAAUUGGCACAUAUUCAUAUUAUUAUUAUUUUCACGUGUAUAUAUAUAUAUAUAUAUAUAUAUAUAUAUAUGACAUGACACCACAAUGUUAACAAAAUUUGA